AUGAUGUUUAACCCUGACGAUGAAAGUCCCCACCAGGAACACAACCGAGCUCUCCCCAACAAUGAGUCUCUAGAUCGCAAGAUCUCAGUCGUUCCUGACAGAGUGUCCUUACGGCCAAAUGAUGUCUUGUGCGGUCGCAGUAAAGAGUCGUUCAAUCACGCCGGAAACCGUCGCUUUCGAAACUUAGUUGCUGCCUCUCUGGCAGAGUACAAUGAAGCCACCAGUAAAUGGGCCAAGUCAAUGGUAGCUGCCCGGCUUGUAGGUGUUAUUAACAACGAAGGUGGGCGCUUUCUCAAGCAACGGAAAGGAAACGAAGAGGUGUGGUAUGAAAUCAGUACACAAGAUGCGAAGGCGAAAGUAUCGCAUGCCAUACGAGAUGCCAUUGCAGCCAAGGAGAAGUUCAAAGGCUCCAAAUCAGAUUCUUCUGUGGCCUCCAAUGUAGCAAAUUCCAAGAGCAAAGAAGAGCCAAACAAGAAGAUGGCGCAAGAUCAAGCGCACUCUCGCCCACCAGGGAUGCUUCCGCAUAGUGAGCCGUCCUCCUUGUCCUCCAUUGCAGGGCCCAUCAUUUCCAUGCCAGGUUUUCAACCCCACAUGGGCGUGAUUGGCGCAAGUGGACCCAACCGAAGUGUAGUUCAAGACCAGAUCCAAAAUCUCAGACACCAGCAUAUAAGAGCGCCCAACAUAACCCCGCCUCUAUUCGGUACAGCUGGUGCUUCACUAACUAGUCACCCAGGUAUGCCUCCACUUGGCAUGGGUAGCCAACAUCAAGGCCAUCCGUUUCCUCAUGGUCACCUACUAGGGACAACAGGUCCAGUCGUGCCUCCCCAUCGCGCUUCGAGACCACCGCAAGAGGCAAAGAAUAGUAGCAGUAGCAGUGAUGGUGAUGGUGAUGGUGACAACGAUUUCCUGUCCUUAAUCGACUCCGUGUUGGGGCCGAUGCCACCAGGUGAUGGAAAAGGAUGA